CUCCUGCGCACAGCUCCCGAAAGCAGCAAAAGUGACUUCAGAAUAAACACAUCCAGAAAUCACCCUCUAUGAAUCACUUACCUACUGAAAGAAACGUCCUGUGGGUUUAUAGGUUUUUAUCCAGGCUCUAGCUAUGGAAAAUCUCAGCAGAGAAUAAACGACAGAAAGUAAGCGCAUGCAGUGAAGGACAACAGAAGUGAAUGGAUAUUUAGAGCAACAUCAAAGUCCCGAUUUGUUCCCUUGGAGCUGGAUAUUUCGAUAAAAGCUUCUAAGAUUUUUUUUACUCUCUUUCUGCCAAGUCCAGAAUUCAUCUCUCUCCUAUUUUGCUAUGGAGGAGGAAUCCACUGAGGAGCUUCUCUUCAAAGACCAGGACUUCUCCUCCGAACUGCUGAGACAGCUGAAUGUUCUGCGGCAGAGCAGGAUGCUGACUGAUGUUACCCUCUGCUCUGGGGGCUUUGAAAUCCCCUGCCAUCGAAAUGUGCUGGCUUCCAGCAGUCCAUACUUCAAGGCAAUGUUCUGUAAUGACUUCAGAGAGAGUCGCCAGGCUAAAGUCAUCCUGAACGGCAUCAAUGCUGAGACUUUGGAUCAGAUUAUCCUUUACGUUUACACAGGGGAGAUUCUUAUAUCCACUGAGAAUGUCCUGUGCCUGUUAGAGACAGCCUCCAUGCUGCAGUACACUAAGCUGUUUGAGGCCUGCUCUGCCUACCUCCAGGACAAGCUGACCCCUGACAACUGUCUGAGCAUGGUCAGACUGGCAAAAGUCUUGAACUGCCAAAGCCUGAAUAAGAAAGCCAAGGCUAUGGCUUUGAAGUGCUUCCCUGAAGUGGCCUGUUCAGAGGACCUGAAGGACCUUUGUCCAUUGGAGCUCAUCGAUUACCUUGGGGAUGAUGAGCUCUGUGGGGAGGAGGAGCAGGUCUUUGAGGCACUGAUGGUCUGGAUCCGGCAUGACCUCCAGGAAAGACAACGCUACAUCCAAGAACUGUUCAAGAAAGUCCGUCUUCAGUAUGUCCAUCCAACUUUCCUCUUCCACUUCAUUGCCAAUGACUCCCUCAUUCAGUCCUCAGCCACUUGCAGGAGCAUCCUUGAGUCCGCUUGGAGACAUAUGUUUUCAUUGUACAGUACCAGCGUACCUGACAUCAAGCCCAUGCUGCAUGUUCCUCGCAGAUACUCCAACCAAGAGUUUCUCAUCAUCAUUGGUGGCAGGAAGGACAGCCAGCAGACUACAAGGGAUGUCCUGCUCUAUGAUGACAAGACAAACCAGUGGCUAAGCCUGGCCAAACUUCCCGUGCGCCUGUACAAAGCCUCUGCAGUGAGCUUGCACAGCAAUAUUUAUGUGCUUGGAGGGAUGCCUAUUAGCAAUAAGAAAAGUCCAGUCAGUGAUAAUAUUUACAUUUAUUCCCUCAAACUCAAUCAGUGGAGGACAGUUGAGCACAUGUUAGUUCCACGUUACUCCCAGAGAAGCUUGGCAUAUAAAAAUUAUAUUUUAUCAUUUGGUGGAAUUGGAGAAAACCAGGAAAUCUUGAAUUCUGUAGAAAGAUAUGAUAGUGUCUACAAUGCCUGUGAAAGCAUGGCAAACAUGCCUGUGGCGGUCCUUCACCCUGCUGUUGCUGCCAAAGAUCAGAGGGUCUACCUCUUUGGGGGAGAAGAUAUUAUGCAAAACCCUGUCCGGCUGAUCCAGGUUUACCAUGUCUCCAGGAAUAUGUGGUUUCGGAUGGAGACCAGAGUGGUGAAGAACGUCUGUGCACCAGCUGUCACAAUUGGAGACCAGAUUAUCAUCGUAGGUGGGUACACUCGGAGAAUAAUUGCUUAUGAUACGAAAGGCAACAAUUUUGUUAAAUGUGCAGACAUGAAGGACAGACGAAUGCAUCACGGGGCCACAGUCAUCAAGAACAAGCUGUAUGUCACCGGAGGAAGAUGUCUCACUGUGGACAACGUCAUCAAGGACUUGGAUUCCUUGGACUGCUAUGAUCCAGAGACUGACACAUGGACAUCAAAGGGAAAACUGCCACACAAACUCUUUGACCAUGGGUGCCUUACACUGCAGUGUGUCCCGUGUUCUAACCUUCUCUAAAUGACCUUUGGUACUUUACAGGACGUUUUCUGCUUUCCUUCCCAAAAGGGAAGGGGAAUCCUUAUGGGGUCCCACAAAUUCCUGACCUUAAAGGCACCAGUGGCAUUGUCAUUCCCUGAAUGCUCUGACAGAAAUUUUACAAGCUUUGUGCUCAUGCCAUGUUCACCUGACCUGUAUUGCUGCUAAAUCCUGCCUGGAGGCCUUACGCAGAGUCUCAGAAGAAAAUAGGAAAAAAACAUUGUGUAAGAACCUGGCACAGGAUUUGGCUUUGUACAGACUUUAAAAUUAAAGGUGCCUAGGAAUGCUGGUAUCUAAAGUAAGACCUAGGUAAGCUGCAUUUGUUAGCAUGCAAGCUCAGCUGGAUGCCAUGGCCCUUUGCUGCUCAGUGCUGACCAAGAUUUCCAUUUGGGGUGAUGGGAGCAUUUAGAAUAGAAAGCCCCAAACUCUAGUCUCAUAGCCAGGCCAGCAGCAGCUGCCUGCAUUAGCUAUGGUAGUCAUCUCAUAAGAAAUAAAAUUUUGAUGUUCCUAAUAUCAAAAUAGAAAUUAGGAAAAAGCUGAUGCUUUGGUCUGAACUCUCACAUUGUAAGAAGAUGCAGAUUUGACUUUUUCCCUCUUUCACAGAGAAGGGAAGAUUUUUGUUACUUCUGACUUCUCUUCAAAGGAGUGGGAGAAGGUGGGAUAGAAAGGAAGAUUGUCUAUGUCUUCUUUUUCAAGGGAUUUGUUUUGCAAGGAGCUUGCUCCUCCUUUUGCAUCUGGGUAGAUUGCAUCUUUAGAAGUAAGGUUAGUUAGAAAGCCCUGGCUGAUAGAAUUCCUGAAAUCUGGAAUAGCAGAGGAUACAUGGAGAUGUCUCUUUUACAUGGGAUGUAAAAGAGAAGAGGUGUUUGGAAGGAACAUUUUUUUCUUUUCCUCCUCUCUCUAAACCACUGGAAAACAGCAAUGACAGAAAGCCAGUGACAGGAAACCAGCUUUCCAAGAAGAGCAAGUCUAGUUUGCCACUUGGCAAAGCAGCUUUGGCUCCACCAAUAUUUUUGUGGGGCUCUGCCACUAAGUGCAUAUUUUGAAAGGGAGGAGAUUAAUCAUCAGAUACUGAACAGGCUGUGAACUGCUGUCAGGUCACUGGGCUUGGUAAGAUUGCUCAGAUAGCAAGAAGCUUUAAAGCUAGCUCUGAUGACCAUUAUCCAGAGAAAGGAUGGCACAAACAACAUACUUUUUUCUCAUAUUUGAAAGAAAGUGGGACUUUUCCAAGGGUACAAGAUGGUAUGAGGAAAUUCAGCCCUCCUUUUCACAGAAGUCUGCACAGCCACGUGGUCACCACCAUACUGCAGGACACCAGCGCCAACCAUGAAGAUCGCCUCCCAUGGAUCUGUAUCUGGGAGCAGAGAGGCAACAGAAAUACUUAAUGAAGUGGGGGGCUGGAAGGAAGAAUUGCAUAGCAACUGCUAUUUUAACAAUGUGAAAUAAAAUGGUUAUUAUUCU